AUGUAUAUAUUUUGCGUCAGUGGGGACAUUCAAAAUUUCCGGGAGAUUCUUGACUCGCCACGGUCUUUUCCGGAUAGAUCUAAUAUAUACGACUUGUCUGCUAUGAUGAUCGAAGCUAUUAAACGAAAUAGUGCGCAAUUUAUCACGGAACUCCUUCAUCGCGGUAUGCUAGUGGAUCCACUCUAUGCCUUGGAAGCAAUAAAACUUCUUGAUUAUAAAGCUAAUCCCAAUCGACAAUAUAUUGUUGAUCUCACACCACUUUCCCUUGCGGUCGAAAGCGCUCCUAUAUCCGUUAUUAAUCUUAUGCUUAGUUAUGGCGGAAAUGUUCGAAAAGGCCAACUUCUCUAUUAUGCUAUUGAGCGGCGAUCGGAUACUAUCGAAGUUUUGAAGCUUCUCAUUAAGAAAGGCGCACCUAUAAAUAUAACCAUUUACGAAGACUACCCUUCUUGGGCGUUAUUCCAUUUUAUAGGUCUUAGUACACCUCUAUAUAGAGUAUCCGAACUAGGAAAAGCGGAUUUAGUUUCCUACUUAGUCAGUAAAGGAGCUAACUAG